AUGGCUUUCAAUAUCGGAUUAACAAGUAGAAGCAGAUUUGACUUCACCGUACGCUUCGCUAAGAAAUCUUUUCUUUUUUCUACUAAAGUCUUCGCUGAGAAAUUUCAUAAAUGGGAAUGCACAAAGGACACAGAAACGACAGAGAGGGAUGAGGAAGAUCGUGUAGAAACGAAUUCUUCACUUCCGGGCAAUGAAAUCCAUGGUUUCAAGAACGAGAUUGAGUCAUUGAAGAACUUCUUGUUAGAUCAAAAGGUAUACGAUGAGUUCAAGAGUCUUGUGGUUGUCGGAGAAUACGGUGUGGGGAAGACAGCGUUAUGCAAGACGAUCUUCAACGAUGAUGAAGUGAAGAGUGUUUAUGCCCCCAGGAUCUGGAUAUCUAUGCACAGCAAGAAAUCUAAAGAGGGUCUUGAUAAGAAGAUAUAUGUGAUGAAGAAGAUAUUGAAGGUUCUUUUACUUGAGGAUGACUUGUUGAAAUCCUUCCGUAUAGAGGCAUCAGAAGAAGCUAGAGCCAAGUUGGAAGCUGGAGAAAGUGAUGGAGAUACGGCGAAAGAGAAGGAGCUUUCUGAUCUUCUGUAUGCACUUCACUUGAACCUGAGGUGGAAGAAGUAUCUGGUUGUGUUUGAUGAUGUGCGAGAAGAAGACAAUUGGAACGAAAUGCUUCAAGAUGAUGAGUUUAAACUUAACAAGGAUAAACAAUGGGGAAAGCAUCUCUCAGGUGGAUUCCCUAAAGGGUCUGGUGGAAGAGUCAUAUACACGACAAGGGAUGUAAGGAUGGCGAUGAAGCUAGUCGCAGAAGAACAUGAGAUACAUCGUCUUUGGCCGCUGUCUGAUCCUGAGAGUGUCUGGAAGAUAUAUAAGGCAGUCAUAGAGAAGAUUUAUACUGAAAUCCCAAGGAACAACAAGAAAUGCAUAGAGGAGCUGAUGAACAAGUCUCGUGGUCUUCCUCUAGCUGUUAGAUCGAUGGCCACGCUUAACCCUGUUUUUAUCGACGACUUUCAAAACCCAAGGUUAAGCGAGUCAACCUCCCCUGAAGAUGAUAAACUUCCUUCAACCUCUAGCUAG